ACUUCUCUGCCUAGAUAAAGCUAAGUCUUCUCAAGUGAACACUAUAAUUAUGUUCUGCAUUGGUGGCGGUAUCCUGGUGGCCAUGCUUGUGCUGAUGGGUGUUGUCAUCUGUCUUUACUUCAAAGUAGCCAAUGCAUUGAAAGCCCCAAAGGUACCUGCUUGUUUGGCCUUAAAAAAUAAUCCAGCCAUGCUCACCCAGGACAAGCUCGCUACAGCCACUGCCAUCGCCACUGGGUCUUGUCCCUACCUCCAAUGCUGUGACGAAUGUAGCUUGUACGCCAACUUUGAUUCCCUGCCACCGUGCUGCUGUGACGUAAAUGAGGGACUCUGACUUGGGUGGGCACAAAUAUCUUCAUGAGCAAUAUUUCUUUCUUAGUACAAUGUUUUAUUAUUCAAGUUUUAUAGUGUUUACAUUAUAUUA